CAGCCGGGAGCCUAGCUCCACCCCUUUCCAGUCCCUCGCCAUCUUCUGGCUAAUACACAUCCUAUGUCAUCAGGCCCGGGGAGGUGUGUGCCCGAGAUCUUGCCUCUCUGUGGAGAAUGCAGCUUCAAGGACCUGUCUUUGUGGGUGUGCCCCUCCUGGGGCCCAUCCUGAUUUGGAUGUUCACUCAUCAGCUAUCCAGUCGGUGUGAGGAUGAGAGGAAGCUACCUUGGUGCCCUCCCCACAAGGUCAUACUGCUUGUGUGGGCGACCAUCUACUCUGUCAUGGGCUAUGCCUCCUACCUGGUAUGGAAGGACCUCGGAGGGGGCUUUCGGUGGCCCCUUGCACUGCCCCUGGGCCUCUACUCUUUCCAGCUGACCCUCAGCUGGACUUUCCUGAUGCUCUUCUUGGCAGUCGACAGCCCUGGGCUGGCCCUCCUGGACCUCUUACUGCUCUAUGGACUGGUAGCAAGCAUGGUGUUUAUCUGGCAGCCGAUCAACAAGCUGGCUGCUCUGCUCCUGCUGCCCUACCUGGCCUGGCUCACUGUGACCACCGCCAUCACCUACCGCCUGUGGAGAGACAGCUUGUGUCCAGCAUACGAGCCUUUGCCAUCCAAGGAGAGCGGCUGAGCACCGGGAUGCAGAAGGAAGGAGGACAGCAAGAGCCUCUGUGGAGCUAGGGACACUUAAUGUGGCUGCUUUCCUGGGUCUUCCUGCUGCCCUUUCUCCUUAGACUGCAGAGGUGUAGAAAAGAAGAGUUGCUUUCUGACACGUAAUAAAAUCCUGUUGUUGACUUUGA